AUGAACAAUAAUAUGAUUAUUGAUUAUGAUUACAUUGCUAAAAAUAUAGAUGCAUACAUCGAUCAAGGUAAUUUUUAUGACAUAUUUGAUGAAGAUGUUAUUUCCGAAGUCGUAAAGAAAGCAACACUUAAAUCAAAAGAUUUCGAACUUAUGGUUUCACAAGGGAAAUCAAAGUUUAACUCAGUAAAAUUAUAUGAAAUGACAUACAAGAGCAAUGUUGUUGUUCAUUCAUAUGAUGAUGCAAUUCAAAUUCUCAAAAGUUACAAAGACUAUUUAGGAUUAGAGUCAUCCAAUAGUUUGAUAACAUUUUUUGAACAAUACAAAGAAGAUCACAUAUCAGAUACAAAAGAAGUCCAAGAACUCAAAACAGAGAUACAAAAUCUUCAGAAAAAAGUGAGAAUAAUGGAAAAUGAAAUAAAGAAACUCAAAGAUGAUAAUAUUGAAUUAACUAAAUGCAAAAAAAGGAUUAUUUCAAUGUUUCAACUUCCAGAUUCUAAUGAUUUUAAAUCUAUUUAUAAUUGGCUUAAGAAUAAUGUGUACAACAAGCAGAGUAUUGCUUUAGCAUGUGCUGUAGGAUUAAGUGAAAUGAGACAUAGAAAUGGUGUAAAUCCACUCUUGAAAGCAUGUUCUUGUGGAGAUUUUCAAUUAGUAAAAGCUCUUAUUGAAGGAGGAUGUAAUCGGAAUGUUUAUGAUUUUUGGGGAAUUAAUUGUUUACUGUAUGCAACAAUUGAUGGCAAUCUCGAAAUUAUACAAUAUUUAAUACAAAAUGGUUUUGACAAACAAUAUAGAAGAAAUUCUGAUGGAUGUAAUGCUAUUCUUUUAGCCUCUAUUAAGGGUCAUCUUGAAGUGAUUAAAUAUCUUAAAAGCAUCGGAUGUGAUGUAAAUUUCAAAACAAACAAAAAUAAAAACUGUGUUUACUUAGCAUCAGAAAAUGGUCAUCUUGAAACAGUAAAAUAUCUUGUUUCAUGUGGAAUAGAUCCAAAUGAAAAAGAUAAUGAUGGAUACUCUCCAAUAAUUGUUGCAUCGAAAUAUGGCCAUAUUGAAGUGAUAAAGUAUCUUCAAAGCAUCGGAUGUGAUGUAAAUUCAAAAACAAACAGAAAUGCAAAUUGUGUUUUGGUUGCUUCAUCGAAUGGAAAACUCGAAACAGUUAAAUAUCUCGUAUCUUGUGGAGUAGAUCCAAAUGAAAAAGAUAAUGAUGGAUUUUCUGCAAUUAUUGGUGCAUCACAAAAUGGUCAUCUUGAAGUCAUCAAAUAUCUUCAGAGUAUUGGAUGUGAUAUAAAUUCUAAAACAAACAACAAUGCAAAUUGUGUUUUUUAUGCAUCAUCGAACGGUCAACUCGAAACAGUAAAAUACCUUAUUUCAAUUGGAGUUAAUCCAGAAGAAAAAUAUAAAGAUGGAUUUUCCCCAAUCAUUGUUGCAGCAGCAAAUAGAUGUGGGUGA